ACUGAGCCUCUUUUCCUUUGCCCUUUUUCUACAGCAUUUCCCUUGAAUUUUCUCCAUUUCAAGCUUCAUAGCCAUAUAGAACCGCCACAAUGGCCUCCUUCAUCCAAAAAGGCGCAAAGAACAUCCUCCAAAAGAGCCCCCACGACGUCGUCUUCCUCUCCGCCCUCCGAACACCCGUAACGCGAGCAAAGAAAGGCGGACUCCGAGAUGCUUACGACCACGAGCUCCUCGCCGCCGUCCUCAAAGCAACCCUAACCGCCAACCCCACCCUCGAUCCCUCCAAAAUCAACGACAUCUGCAUCGGCACCGUCCUCUCCGAGCUCGGCGGCUCCAAAGCCGGCCGCAUGGCCGCCGCCCACAUCGGCAUCCCCACGACCACGUCCUUCCACACGCUCAACCGCGCGUGCGCCUCGGGCCUCAGCGCCGUCACGACCGUCGCGCACGCCAUCGCCGUCGGCAGCAUCACCGUCGGCAUCGGCGGCGGCAUGGAGAGCAUGACACGCAACUACGGCUCGCGCGCGAUCCCCACGCAACUCUGGAGCGAUCUGAAAGACAGCCCGGUGAGAGAUGCAAGGGACUGCAUCAUGAACAUGGGCCUCACGGCCGAGAACGUGGCGGAGCGGUACGGCGUGAACCGCGCGGACCAGGAUGCGUUUGCGGCGCGCAGCCAGCAGAAGGCCGCGCGCGCACAACAAGAGGGGUUCUUCGACAAGGAGAUCGUGCCGGUGACGACGCGGUGGGUGCCGGACCCCGCCGUGCCGGAGGCGCAGGAGAGCAUUACGGUCUCGAAGGACGACGGGAUCAGGCCGACGACGACGGCGGAGAAGCUGGGGGCCAUGAAGCCCGCGUUUAAGGAGGACGGGACCAGCACGGCGGGGAAUAGCUCGCAGGUAUCUGAUGGCGCGGCGGCGGCGCUGAUGAUGCGGCGGAGUACGGCGCAGGAGCUGGGCUUGUCGGGGUCGAUUAUUGGGAAGUGGGCGGGCUCGCAGGUGGCCGGGUGCAGGCCGGAUGAGAUGGGGGUGGGGCCUGCGGUGGCGAUUCCGAAGCUGCUGGAGUACACGGGCGUGGCGAAGGAGGAGAUUGGGAUUUGGGAGAUCAAUGAGGCGUUUGCGAGUCAGGCACUAUAUUGCAUCCGGGAAUUGGGGUUGGAUGAGGAGAAGAUUAAUCCGAAGGGGGGAGCGAUUGCGUUGGGGCAUCCGCUGGGUGCGACGGGUGGGAGGAUGCUGGCGACGCUGUUGCAUGAGAUGGAGAGCUUGAUUGUGAGGGAGUAGAUUGGAGCAUAUUCAUUGAUAGCAUAUUUGCCAUAGAUCUGAUUUCUACAGUCAAUUCUGUAGUAAGAAGUGACUACCACACGUGCCCCACUGCGCCGACGCUGCGUCUAUGAAAACCUAUUUCACACGGUUAGAUCUGUAACUCUUUGUAACAUAUCCGAGCAAUACGUGUCUUGGGUGUUUUGACCCGUUCUCAUAGGCCUCCGCGGUCAGAAGUGUUGCAAAGAGUCACAGAUCUAACCGUGUAGAAAGAUUUUUGUUAGACGCGACGUCUACGCGGUGCGGUACAACUAGUGUAUGAGGUA